GCUGGCUGCCAUAACACGAUGAAUAUCGAUUCGUUGUUCAAGCGCACCGCAGAUUCUACCUCCUCCCACAGCAGUAAUGUGCCUGUAGCAAAAAAGCGCAGGCUCGACGAGCUCUCAAACCUCGUCGACAAAUACAAAAAUAGCACAGACGAUGAUCUACCCUCCACAGUCCAAGACAAACUAGACGACGGCCAAGAUGACUCGGCCGCCGUCUCUGAUCUGCCCGACGACGACGACGAAGGCGGCAGGUUCUUCGGCGGCGGACUCACCGAGAACCAAAAAGACGUUCUGGACUACGUCGACACCGUCGAGCAGGAUCUUGCCGAAGAAGAGAAAUUUGAUUCGGCCUGGGUUCGCAAGCAAGUCACAAAGCUAGAUCGGCUUAUCAAAAAGAACGCGCAGCUGCGCGCUCGCUAUUCCGACACGCCGCAGAAAUUCCUCGAAUCUGAAGCUGAGCUAGACUCGGCUGUCAAGAGCCUCUCGAUCUUGACCGAACAUACUGAUCUCUACCCUAUCUUUGUCGAGCAGAAAGGCCUUGACGCGUUCGAAGCCUUACUGGCGCACGAAAACUCAGAUAUCGUCGUCGACGCAAUCCAGGUCUUGGACGAGCUCAUUGACGAAGACACGCAAGCAGAAGAAACUGAUCUUCGUGCCCUUAUCGAUGGCAUGUUUGAAGCUGGUCUUGUCGACUCGUUAAUCACAAAUCUCUCACGCUUAGACGACAGCCGGCGCGCUCGUGGAAUCGAAGACCAGGAAACUACAGAGGGUGAAGAAGUCGAAGCAGAACGCGCGGGUGUUUUCCAGAUCCUGAGCGUUAUCGAAAGUCUGACUGCUCUGACUGGCACCGCCGACAAAUUACUCAUCAACACCUCUCCUGCAGCUCGGCAACAGGGAGACACCGGUCUACUACCCUGGCUGCUACAGCGAAUCCUUGUCAAAGAAAAACCUCUCUCUCAGAAUAAGCAGUACGCUGCCGAGGUUCUGUCAAUCAUCUUGCAAAACUCUCACGUCUCGCGGAUCCAGUUCAUCAACCAAGUCUACAACGACAGCGUACUCGGUGAACUCGCCGGCGUCGACGUUCUCCUGCGUGCGCUCUCGCCCUACCGCCGCUUCGAUCCUCCAGCCGAGCAAGUCGAAGAGACCGAGUUUUUCGAAAACAUCUUUGAUGCGCUCGCAGUCAUCGUCCAGGAACCGCUAGGAAAGGACAAGUUUCUGGAAAACGAGGGUGUCGACCUCCUCUUGCUCUUUGUCAAAAGCGGCGGGAAGCACGGCAAGUCGCGCGCCAUCAAAACACUCGACUAUGCCCUUGCCUCUGGCGCAUCCGGACCGCUGGCACUUGACUUUGUCAAUAACGACGGCUUGCCUAUUUUAUUCAAACUACUUAUGUCCUCGCGAUUCACUGACGCCAAAAACCACGGAGCGCGCGAACGACGCAGCGGCGAUGCCCAUGUCUCACUCGAUGCAGUGCUCGGUAUAAUCUCCUCGCUUCUCCGAAACCUAGGCGAAUCUUCCAAGCAAAAGAUGAAGCUACUAGCCCGCUUCGUCGAGAAAAACUAUGAGAAACUCGGGCGUCUGAUGCUGUUCCGCACCAUCACCGUCGAGCGCGUCGAUCGGGUUGAUAUCGUAAUCAACGCCGAGCGCGACGCAUUUGUCAAGACAAAACCAUCCAAUCCUGAAUUGUUGGAGGACUGGGAAGCUGAUCGGGAAGCAAACGAGGCAGAGUGGUAUCUGCGCCGGAUGGACGACGGCGUCUUCCGCUUACAGCUCAUCGACACCAUUCUCGCCUGGCUAGUAGCCGAAGACGAUGACGGCGAUCUAGGGAUCAAGACGCACAUUGUCGAGUUCUUGAAAAAAAAAGGGACGUCGUUUGCAGAUUUGAAGGCGACGUUGACCGCGUUUAAACAGGAUAUUACGCCGGGCGAGGUCGGGGAUGAUGAAGAGAUGACGGAAGAAGAGGCAGAGCAGAGAGCUGAAGCGCUGGAUCAGAGUGAGAUGUUGACGGUCUUGAUUGACUUUCUCCAGUAGUAGAUGUUGCUAUUGUCUUAAAAAUGUACAGUAGGUAGAAUA